AUGAAGGGAAUACUUGGCAGAGUCGCCAUGGCGGUGUACAACACAGUGGAAAAUGUUGCCGUGGCUGUAUUGACACGGAUGAAGUCAGAGGAAAAGGACCCGCUUACUCCUGUGACAGAUGACGCGGAGAACCUUUUGUUCCUAACACCGGGUGAGUACAGCGGGGUAUACAAAAGCUUGCACUCCGUGAUCGCAAAAGGGGGGAAAAAUCUCAAGCCCAAGCACAUGCAGAAAAUAUCUAACUUGCUGGACACUGUCGUGGACGAGGCGGAGUUUCCGGAGUAUGUGGAGCAAAUGGGAUUUUUGCAGAAAAUGUGCCGGGGCGAGGAGGUAAGCCCGGAGAAGGAGGCUUGCUUCCUGCAGUACGUCUCAGGUGGAUCGCGGAAGGAGGCGGCGCAGGCAGAGGCGGCGCAGGAGAACCUGCAAGCCGAAGUGCAGGCAGACACCCAGACAGACACCGCGCAGAAAAAUGCUGUGCAGGCUGAUGCCACUUCGGAAGAAGUCCGGCCUAGCGAGACAGAGAAGGCAGAGGCGCGCGCGCCUUACUCUGGCCAGAAAAGGUUUUCCGACGAGGAAAGGCUUCAGAUUCAGGAGAGAGAGAAGGAGGCUAUGCGGCAGACGCUGGUUGCGCUUGGCGAAGGAGAAAUCCGCACUCUUUACCCGUACAGAAGAGCAGACGGAGGAUACACAAAGAUCGAAAUACCGCCGGAGUACUCGCAGUACGACCCAAACCUGGAGCAGGUGAAAUACGAGCCGGAGACCGGGUGCUGGGUGUACAGAAAGGCCGACAAUGUGGGAAAGAGGGCGUACGGCCCGUGCAUAGCCAUGCAUCCAAAGAAGCAGAAAAUGUGCCCGUAUAUAGGAAUCGCUCCCGGCGUGCUUCCGUCGAAGUGGUACAUGCGGAUGAAAGCGCAGGGGCUCAUAAAAGAGGAGCGGGAGCUGGACAUUGACACGUACUAUUCAGAAAAAACAAGCAACCUGAGCCGGAUGGUGCAGGAGCAGGAGGAAAAGACGCGGAAGGCCGAGGAGGCGCGAAUCGCGGAAAACCGAAGAAAGUUCCGGGCCAAAAUGGCAGAAGACGAGCGGCUUGGGCUGGCUCCGUCUGCACAGGCCGUGCGAAAGGCAGAGGAGCCGGAGCAGUGGAAGCGAAUGAAGGAAAUCGAGAAGCAGAUCGAGCAGGAGCGGAACAGCGCGCCUGCCCGAAACAGGCAGAUGAAGCAGUCGCUGGGAGGCCAGAAGGCGUGUGAAGACAUGAUCUACGAGGCGCUGAAGAAAGCGUCGCAUGAGCCGUAUGAGCCGCGCGCCUACAAAAACGCGAUGGGCGCGCAGGAGGGGCACACAGCUUCUCUAGAAGACAAAAAGCCGGAGCAGGAAAAAAGCGAAGCAUUUUCGUUCGGAGCAGGCGCCUCCUUGGGCCAGCCUGGGUCUGGGCUAGGAGGCGGGCUGUUCCAGAACCCGCCCCAGAGCUCCAUGAAGAGCAGCUUUCAGGCAAGUACGCUGGGCCAGCAGCAGGCUGGAACAUCUUCGGGGCUUUUGGCCGGCUCGCAGGCAGCCCCUAUGGGCGAGCUGAAAAAAAGCAGCUUCCAGAUGGAUGCCCCAGCGGGCUUGCAAGGUGGAUUUGCAGCCGCUACAAUGAACAGCGCCCCCAAAAGCACCGGCAAUCCAAGCCCUUUGUCGAGCGCGGAUUCAAGCCUGAGCACAAGCUUUAUAGCCAACCCCAUCCCCACCCGCGCCUCGUUUAGCAACUUUGGAGAGCUUGGGGCCGGCCCAAAUGCAGCGCACCAGUUUGGAAGCAGAGCCAGCCUGGGCGCGCAGAAAGACGCGUUUAGUUUUGGCGCAGAAAGCCCAGACUCCUCCUCGCCAAACACGCCUUCCCUGAGCUCAGCGGACUCUAUUAACCUGCCGAGUGAGAUCAUGGAGAAGCCCGACAUGCGCGCCAAGGCUGCGCCUUUAAGCACGCAGAAAGCAGGCUUGUUUGGAGGCUUGCCGGAAGACACGCUGCAUAAACAAAAAACAAAAAUGUUUGGCAGGCUUGCAGACGCCCAGGAAAACGCAGCUGCUUCGGAGGAGCCAGAUAGAAAGAAAAGGCUGAACAGCAGCAGCGACACCGGAAUGCAGCAUGCGCAGGCCUCUGGCACAAUGCCCAAAGAAUCGCCACUUACGGCAUUCCAGAGCAUGCUGGAGAAAGGCAUGCAGGAAGAAAAACCCGCACGCCCGCUGGACAGAAGCGAGCCUGCCGGGUUUUCCGGCUUCAGCAGCUCUUUGGGCGGCCAAAAGCCUAGCAGCAUCUUGGGAGGCUCUGGGAAAAACACGCUCGGCAGCCAAAGCCCCAGCUUCAUGGGGAGCCCAGUGGGGUCGCAGACGGGCAGCCCGUUUAGCAGCCAGUCCCCCAGCCAGAUAAACAGCCCUAUGAACAGCCACAUGAACAGCUUUAUGAACAGCUCGGUGCCCAGCCCCAUUGACAGCCAGAAAGCCAACUUCCUGGGCAGCCCCUCAAGCAGCCCGUUUAAGAGCCAAACCCCCGGCCCUGCAGGAAACCUGAUGGGAGGCUUUGCAAACAGCGCAAUGGGUGCGCCAAUGGACAGCACGAAGAGCAGCUCGGCGCCUUUUCAGUCAGGCAGCAUUUUGGGCACGUCUCUAGGCGGUGCUUUUAACGCGCAGGCAGGAACCCUGGAAGCCAGCCCUUUGAACGCGCCUUCACUGGGGAGAGCAGGCACCGCGUCCCCGAUUGGUAUGUUUUCAAACCCUGCACAGACAACAAACAACAGCCAGACGUUUGGAGCCCCGGGCAUGGGCUCUGCGCAAAGCAGGCUAGCGGAAGCCAACCCAUUCGCGUCGGAAACCCCCCAGAAGAGCGAGGGGUAUGUAAACCCGUUUGCAGGUAAGGAAACAGUUAGAAAGCGACCUUCAUUCAUGUUUAAAAAAUAA